ACAGCUUGAACUCCGAUCAAUUGUCAUAAUGCGUAAGUGCACGCAAUACUACUCGAUACAUGCAUGAUUAAUAAAUAAGAACCUAUGAAGCUAUCAAUUACGACAAUCCGUCAUGCUAUAGAAUCAUCGAAUAUUCUAAAGACGUAGUUACGGCAUCUCCUUCGAUAGGACUCGAAAAUGCGCGCGCAAUAAAAAUUAUCCUACUUGCCUUCUCUAAGUUUCUUACCCCCUCCUCCUUAUGUAGUUGUCGUACGCUGACGGUGAAUUUUAAUUCGCAAAAAAGGUAAAAAAAAAAGAAAAAAAAGAAGAACUUUUCUCCUUCGUCUAUUAAUAAUUUAUCGUUGUGAGAAACUAACACGCCGCGAAGUAUUUUCGCGUCUGCGCGGACGAAGCUUUUUUUCUCUCUCUUUUUUUUUUUUUUCUUUUUGUCUUUUCCUUUUUUUCUUUUCUUCCUGUUCCUUUGCGUAGGGAUACAACCACGAGGAGGAGACAUACAUAUCCUCUUUUCUUUCAAGUAUUCACGCGAGUUUUUCCAGACAAUCGUCGCGAUUCAACUUUUGUCUUGUUAUGUGUUGUUGUUUUUCUUCUUCUUCUUCUUCUUCUUCUUUUCUUUUCUUUUCUUUUCUUUUCUUUUUUAAGCGCGACAAUACCAAUUUUUCUAUCAAUUACUCUCUUUUUUUCUCCCUGUUCUUUUCGCAGCAUUAAAUAAAAACUUUGUUCAUCACCUUUAUCAUUUUUCGCUUCCUAACAAAAAAGUUGAUUUCACGAGUUCGACAGAAAAAAAAAAAAAAAAUAAAAUAAAAUAAAAUAAAAAUAAGAAGAAGAAGAAAAAGAAGAAGAGAAAGAAGAAAGGCUCUCCUUGCAUCAUCAAGUGACAACGAACGCUUCUAUAUGGUAAAAGUUUUCACUCGUUCAAGCUUUCACCAUUUAUUUCCGUCAACUUUAAAAGAAGAAAGUUUCUAAGCACGAAAUACGGAAAGUCAAGAUUUUCGUAAAGAAAUCAAUAAUAAAAAGGAUGGUUCGAUGUUAGCUGAGAUCGCAAAGGAAUUCAUGCAACGAUCGACUACUACCAGUCAGGUACUGAAUCUGAAUUUAUCUAAUCUACUGCUACUUCUCGUAUUAAAAGCUGUAGUUUUUGGUGCUGGAUAUAUUGGAAAUCAUGGUUAUAAAGGACGCGAUUUGAACGAAGAAAAUAUAAUAUCCGAAGGAGAAGUCGCUUUGGCACUGGGAUAUUUGAUCGGUGAUACGUGCCUGUAUAGAGCAGCUUGCGAAGAACCACAUAUUGCUAAAGAAUAUUUAGGUGCUGCUGAAAUGCUUUUAAAUACGAUGAAAUUAAUGCCACAGACCGUAUCCGUCGAACGUAAAUACGAAAAGACUAUAAGCGAACUUCGAAAAGCUAUCGAGUACGGAUUUACAAGCAGAUGUCCACCAGAAUAUAAUUGUAAAAAGGAAAAUAUCAAAGCAUUCUUAACGACGGAGAAGAAGAAAUAAAACCGCCUAAAAUACGAAGAAGCGUAAUAAAAGCUGCCUUUUCAUUGGCUGAUACUUUUGAUAGUCGAG